AGCAGAUGUCUGAGGCCUAUAGAAUUGCCAGUGAGAACAGCAAGCAGGCCAGUGCCAAAGGCAAAGUCCUCUAUGACAAGAGGGCAAGAGGAGUGGUGCUACAGCCUGGCGAUCGGGUCUUAGUCAGGAACCUCAGCGAGCGUGGUGGGCCAGGAAAACUAAGGUCAUAUUGGGAGAAGGCCAUCUACAUUGUGAAAGAACAGUUUGCUGAUAACCCAGUGUAUGUAGUCUAUCCGGAGUCUGGGGAUCAGAAAAAGACAAGAACACUACAUCGCAACUUGCUUUUGCUCGUUAAUGACCUACCAGUUGAAGAACCAACAGGCCAGGUUCGCCCUGAGCAAAGAACCCAGAAAAGUAAACGCCAAGCCCGACUUACCAUCCCAGAGUGUAUGAACCCACCGCAAGGAGCAGAUUCAGACUCCGACUCUGGGUCCGACUCUGAAGGUCCUCGCUACUGGUUGAGGGCACCAGCUAACAGAACGCAGGAGAUACCCACCGUUGCCCCACCACAACAACCAGCCAUUCCUGUGAGUCGCCAAAUUCCAGUACCUAUACCGGAGGAUAUGACAGUUGACGCCGACUCCUUGCCUUCAGUUGACCCAGUACCUAUAAGACAAACAGGGAUUGGAGAGCUUGAACAGGAUGAAGGUCAGUCUGAUGAUGCGAGACCUGAGGAGCAAGAUGGCUAUGCUGAGACUCCAGAGCCCAUUCCAGUUGCACAGCCUCUGGUCAAUGCAAUGCCAGACCGACAUGUAGAGGUCAGAAGGUCAAACCGGGACAGACAACCUCGACAGAUCUUUACAUAUGAGAGACUUGGUCAACCCACACUGACAACAACAGCUAGAGUUGACAUGGCAAAUGCAAGCUUACACUCUGCACCUCACACUAUACAACCUCUACACCCACUCAUUCCCUAUACAACACCAACAUACUCUUUCAGCCCUUAUUCCACUCCGUAUCUUCCCUUUACAUACAUGCCUUACCACUUACCAUCACACCCAUACAUCUUACCUGUUCCUGUCACCUGUUAAGAAGAGUUGAGUAGAAAUGGUGGGACCCAUUUAUUUUUGCCGGGGAGUGUGUGGCGACCACAAAAGUGUGACAUUUGUGUUUAUGACUUGAAAUGGUUAAUACAAGUUCUGUACUUUAUUUUGGAGAAGAGUUUUCCUUUAUUUUUUUAUGUGCUGUGUAAUAUUUACUCCACGCCAGCAGGGGGCGGGUGGCGGUUUUAGUGUCCUGCUUGUAUUUUCCCUCAUUGCUGCAUGACACUUGAACUGAACAAGCCGUUUCCUCGUCUUUCUCCUGUUCUUCAGGAGUAUAUCUGUCAACAGCGGUGCUGUCGCUACGGUACCCGUUACACUAACAGUCAUGUUUUUGGACUGUGGGAGGAAGCCGGAGAACCCGGAGAGAAC